AUGUCAUCCACUGACGCUGUACCGUUCUUCAAGAAAGGCAAAUCGAGGCCGACGACGGCGCGACGAAAGCGGUCUACAUCACCGCCAGCCAGUGCUCUUACUGUUCCAGUCCCUUCCUCAAUAACAUCCGAGGUAGUCCUGCCUAACAAGAAGACUACCAAGAACUUACUGAGCGCUGGCACAAAACGUACAGUCUCACAAAGACAACAAGAUGACGAGGACGUGGAAUUCACUCGCGAAGGACCGGACGUCAAGUGGUCCGCGGCUGGUUCGCAUCAGGAGGCGGCGCUCGAAAUCCUUGCCGGAGAUGAGGCGCAGGAGUUGCUUGCGAAGCGGGCACGGAAGGAAAAGCAGGACCGGAUGCUCGCCGGCGAGCCGGACGAGGAUGAGGUUCCGGAUGAUGGGCAAUAUCAUGGCCAGAAGGCAUACAGGAGUCAUCUGAAGAAGAAUCAGGAGGUACCGAAAGCCAUGCGAACGGGUCCUCAGCGAAAUACGAGUACUAUACGGACCGUUACGAUCGUCGACUACCAGCCAGACGUAUGUAAGGACUAUAAAGAAACUGGAUAUUGUGGCUUCGGCGACACCUGCAAGUUCUUGCAUGACCGAGGAACAUAUCUUCAAGGUUGGCAAUUAGACAAGCUCGCCGAAAACGCGAAACGCCAACCCGGCGACGCGGAUUCCGAUACCGACGACUCGGACGACGAAGAUGUUCCCUUCGCGUGCCUCAUCUGCCGCAAACACUACACCGAUCCCGUCGUCACACGCUGUGGGCACUACUUCUGCUCAGCGUGCGCGAUCAAGCGCUUUACCAAGACCCCGAAGUGUCUCGCGUGCGGUGCACCCACAGCAGGAAUCUUUAAUCGCGCGGAUAAGAUACUAGAAAAAAUACAGAAGAAGCGGGAGAAGCAUGCGGAGAAGGAUAGCGAGGAUGAGGAGGGAGAAACGGGUGGUGUGCAGAUUGAGGGACUUGCGGCUGCGAGUGACGAUGAUGGAGAUACGAGCGAGUAG